ACUGUACAGUUUUAUGAGCAACAGAAGCAGCAGCAGAGGGAGAAUGGUCAGACAUAUGUUCUUUAAUCUCCUGCUUCUCUGGUCACUCUUCCAUGACGUUUAUAUAACCGGACUGACACAUGAUGAUCCAAAGGAGCAGUCCUGGAAUAACCAGAACCUCGACUCAGUCCCUCAGGAUUUGGAUGUAAGACUUAGAAGACUCGACCUGUCCAAUAACUUCAUCAGACAGUUGCACACACUUGUUUUGCCGCGCUUGGAGCAGCUGGACCUGAGCUCCAACCAGCUGGAUCUCAUCUCCGAGGGGGCUUUUGAAAACCUGGCUCGACUUGAAGAGUUGAAUUUGUCCAGAAAUGCGCUGAACAACAACCUUGGCAGCAACAGCAAAGCCCUCCAAUCCAUCAGUAGACUGACGAGUUUGGACAUAUCCACGAAUGGCCUGAGUGAUGAUGCAGCAGAGCUGUACCUUCGAAACAAAUCUUCUCUUGAUCAACUUAAGAUGACUGGUAACGCUCUAACGAGACUUUCACACAGCUUGUUUGAGGGGAGUAAAGGUUUGAGGGCCAUUACUAUCGAUGACAAUCUGAUAUCAGUGAUAGAACCGGGCACAUUCGAACCAUUGAGCCAAUUAGAGAUGCUUAACUUGGCCAAAAAUAACCUCGCACACAUCUGUGAUUUUAAAUUGCAUCAAGUUAAAUAUCUUAAUCUUAGUCGUAAUUCAGUGGAGUUUUUCGUCACGCGUGAGGAUGACCAGUCGUACAGGCUGGAAAUUCUUGAUUUGAGUUUCAACCAACUCCUCUACUUCCCGAUCGUUCCCAAGAUAAACAGUUUGAGGUAUCUUGAUUUACACAAUAACAUGGUUGGUAGCUUAAAUUCAGAGGCUGCGAUGGUAACAGAGGCCAAUUCUCUUUUUAGUGAGAUUAUGAAUGAGACAAUUGUUAGAAAAAAUAACCUGCACUCUAUCUGGAGGCAGAUGCCACUGAUUUAUCUUGAUCUGAGCUAUAACCACUUCAGGUCUUUCCCGCUGGAGACUUUGAGCCUUCUCUCAUCUUUAGAAACACUGAAUUUCAGCUACAACUGUCUGCAAAACAUUAUCUGGAAUAUUAGAAUAAACCGGCGGCAGCUGUUCUUUUCAUCUUUAAAGCACCUCGAUCUGCAAAGUAAUGGACUUGUGUAUAUCUCCCCGCUCUUUCUAAAUGCACUCGCACAAAUUGAUACAUUAAAUCUGCAAGACAAUUCUGUGCAGCUUUGUGCCCUUAUGGACCAUUUAGAAAGCUCGGAGUCAACACAACGAAUAAAUCACAACACAUCCUGUGUUGCCUUCGAGCGGUUACGAACUCUUAAACACCUCAGUCUUAAAGAAAACAACAUACAAACGCUCCAUCCAAACACAUUUCAGAAAACCUCUCUGGUUUCCCUCAACCUCGCGAGAAAUCCUCACAUGGUCAUGCAUGUGAGCUCACUUGACGGUGUGCAGAAAACUCUUCGCUCCUUGAUUAUCAGUGAAACCAACAUGACCAGCUCAGAUCUAUCUUUACCCUGUAUGCCGGCGUUAACUCAGCUGAACAUAUCAAACAACUACCUGGAUGUUGUACCCAGCAGUCUGAGCUGCUCCCCCCUGAGAGAGAUGGACAUAAGAAAUAAUCGCUUUGUGUCAUUAAACUAUUCUCUGAUUCAUGCUUUAUCUGUGCACCUCAAUGUUGUGUAUAUUAGUGGAAAUUAUUUCAACUGCUGUGACAGUAAAUGGCUGAAAACCCUGAAUGAGUUGAAAAUAAACCUGCCUGAUAUCACUGACACUGAAUGCUUUUCAGGUGAUAGUAGAGUUAAGAUGACGGAUUACCUGAAAAGCUCGUCAGCGUAUUGUGUUUUUCAUAGGAAAACACAGGAAGUUCAUGUAGGACAAAUGCUCAUUAUUGCUUUAUUUGUAUUUGUAAUAAUAACGGUCUUCAUAGUAUUUACCAGGAAACUGUGUUCCACAGAAAGAUCAUUUAUAGUGUGAUAGCUCUUAUAUGUCAUAUGAUUUACAUGAAGUGAGCAAACUAAACAGUCAAAACUGGGCAGCAAACUCUAAGCAACUGAAGCAUAUUUCCUGUGGGUUUAACUUUGCAUGACGCAUUUACAGAAGUGUUGCUUAAUGGCAGUUUAGCCUGUAAAAAAACACAAGACUCUGCUGGGUGAACGCUGUAAUGAGUUCAUUAUCAGACACGUGCAUCUAUUCUCACUCUAUUCGAGCUUUCUCCUGUGACUCCAUUUCCCAUAACUCGUCCGUCAGACAUGCAUCCCUCUGUGUGACCCGCAGAGCUAAGAUGUUGUGAUUGAAAUUGGCUUUAUCGACUCCCAAGCUGUUCGGUCUGCAGCGGGUGCCAAAUCACUAAUCAGACAGAGAACAUUUUGCCCAUCUUUCGUUGGGAAAUGUUUGUUUGUAACUGAAAGUUUAACCUUGGCUCGAAUUUCUAUGACGUCUGUGAAGUCUUGCACAACAUUCCCAGAAUCAAGAGACUGACCACCUCAAAAACUCACCACGUCAAUAAGAAACCUUGUGAGAGGUUCUGUGUAAACAUAUGUAUAUAUUCUUAAAUAAAUGUAGUUUGUUUGACAGUGAGUGUAUAUACAAGAUCCAUUUUUAAUAUAUAUCUCUAUCUGCAACGCAAUGUGUUUUCUAAUCUGUAGCUUAUGUGGCUUUGAUCCUUGGAGACUGUUAUCAAUGCAGUGGUAAAUGUGGCAACAGUUAUGCUGUACAUAAUAAACAUGC